AGUCGGUGGACGUCGCGCCGGUAACACCAUCACUUUGUUUCAUGAAACCCUCAUAACCGCACUUUGUUUUAAAUAACCGUUAAACGAGUAGUGAAAGCAACCAUGGAUACUGAGGAGUUUCGUGUUAGGGGAAAAGAGAUGGUGGAUUACAUCUGUACUUACAUGAAUACGUUGCGAACACGACGAGUCACCCCCUCAGUGGAGCCAGGAUACCUUCGAGAUGCUUUACCCGCCGAGGCGCCUUACCACCCCGAGUCUUGGGACGAUGUUAUGAACGAUGUAGAGAACAAGAUCAUGCCCGGAGUCACUCAUUGGCAACAUCCCCGAUUUCAUGCCUAUUUCCCAUCAGGGAAUGCGUAUCCAUCAAUUCUCGGAGAUAUGCUUUCAGCUGGUAUUGGAUGCAUAGGAUUUUCGUGGGCUGCCAGUCCUGCUUGCACGGAGUUGGAGAUCAUUAUGUUAGAUUGGAUGGGGAAGGCGAUUGGAUUACCUCCAGCAUUUUUAGCAUUAGAGGAGGGCAGUAAGGGUGGUGGUGUGAUCGAGGGUUCAGCAAGCGAAAGUGUUCUUGUGUCAAUGCUUGCCGCGCGAGCCGCGGCUAUCAAACGCCUGAAGCACCAAUUCCCUUCAGUCGAUGAGGGGCUUUUGCUAUCCAAGCUAAUAGCGUAUUGUUCUAAAGAGGCUCAUUCGUGUGUCGAAAAGGCAGCUAUGAUUUGCUUUGUAAAACUGCGAAUUUUACAACCCGAUGAACAUGGAUGCUUAAGGGGCGAAAUUUUAAAAGAGGCUAUGGAAGAAGAUGAGGAAGCUGGUUUAGUACCAUUUUUUGUCAGUACUACAUUAGGAACAACAUCAUGCUGUUCCUUCGAUAAUCUUCCAGAAAUCGGACCCGUAGUACGAAAAUUUCCUUGCGUCUGGUUACAUAUUGAUGCUGCUUAUGCUGGUAGUGCUUUUCUUUGCCCUGAACACAAAUAUCACCUUGCUGGAGUUGAAUAUGCAGAUUCUUUUAAUACAAACCCUAACAAAUUUAUGUUGACUAGUUUUGAUUGUUCCCUACUUUGGGUGACAAAUCGUUACUUACUAACAUCUGCUCUGGUUGUGGAUCCAUUGUACCUACAACAUUGUUACGACCAUACUGCAAUUGAUUAUCGGCAUUGGGGAGUUCCUUUGAGUCGGCGAUUCAGAUCUCUCAAGCUAUGGUUCAUGUUAAGGAGCUAUGGUAUCAUAGGCCUCCAGAAAUACGUGAGACGCCAUUGUGAACUCGCUAAAUAUUUUGAAAAACUCGUCAAGAAAGAUGAAAGAUUUGAAGUCUGCAAUCAAGUCAAGUUAGGCCUCGUAUGCUUCCGCCUACUAGGCGGUCCAGAUGAAACUUCUGAACAAGUAGAUGACCUUAACAAAAAAUUGUUAACCAACAUUAAUGCUUCCGGAAAAAUCCACAUGGUACCAGCAUCUGUUCGAGAUCAUUUCGUUAUACGUUUUUGCGUUGUGUAUCAACAUGCAACACGCGAAGAUAUAGAGAUAGCUUGGGACAUUAUAAGCGACUUCGCUACUGAGUUAUUGGAAGGCCCUGACAAGGAAAGGGAUCUCAACGAGGAGCGUGCGCGACGCAAUCGCGCUGCGCUGGCCCACAAGCGCUCGUUCUUCGUCCGUAUGGUCAGUGACCCGAAGAUUUACAACCCAGCGAUCAACAAGACACCACCUCCGGUUCCUACCAGCCCUUGCACCCCUCCGCCAAUGGCGCCCACCACACCGGAUACGCCAUCUGACGCUGGCUCAGCACAACUGAUGCCAUCUACUCCGAAACAGUCAUCUUGGAUAAGUUGGCCUCUAGCAUUCUUCUUCCAAAGCGUGGAUCAUGACGCUAACGAUCUGCCGUUGAGAUUUCGACAUUUGGAUACCAUGGUUCGCUUGAAAAGCCCCAAUCACGGCCGGCGCGGCUCGUCUCCGUGCGUGUCUCCCGAAAGGAGGGCACCUUCCCCCUCAAAUAAUUAACUCGUCCAUGCUUAACUCAUAUAAAUAACAAUUUAUCUCAA